AUGGCCAAUGAAGAAGCAUCAUCUCCAGGCAUCCCCGCAGACGACACAGGCAGCGAUUCGCACAAUGAGUCCACCGGCGAGAUUCAUCCCGCCAAGUUUAGCGAGGCUACCGCGGGGAUUGGGCAUUCGGAUGAGCUGCUGAAGAAUUCCUUCGAGGAGCUAUCAAAGGACGCCGUAUUUCUUACUGCGGAGGGGUUUCUCGGCGUCUGUUCCAUCUGUCAAUAUCCAAUACGCCCCGACAGUCCACUACGCCCUGGCAGUCAACAGCAUACCGAGUAUUGUGUUAAUCCGCUCGUCCAAAACCCAAGAAACGAGACGUUUUUAUCGGACAAUGGUCAAGAGCAUUUACUUGAACUCCCAGAUCCAUCUCUGUUCACCACCGCUGGGGACCUAAGUACCCUCACUACAUCAACGGCAAUACCAGCAGAUGCCUCUGAAGAUGUAGCUGGCGAGAGUCAUCAUACGGAUGAGCCAGAUAUAGAUCCCCCAUCUAUACAACCUCCUCAUUUACCACAUGAUACCGACAUCCAACCCCAGCCAGCCAUGGAAUUCGAAAGACACAUCUCCAAUGAUGGUAUCCCAUUGGAUGAACCAAGCCUCAAACGUCAUAUACAGGAGGCACAUACAAAAGGAAGUCAUCCUUGCCCUCACCCAAAGUGCAAGAAAUCCAAGGACCCAUUCAAGAGGUCUGACAAAUUGAGAAACCACCUCAAAACGUGCAAUUAUGCGCUCGCUUCAGUUUAA